AUGGCAGCUGCUAACGCUCUUCGUCGAGGCUCAUGUCUUUGUCGCAAGAUCACCUUCACGCUAACAGGUGCACCUGCCAGAAACAUUCAAUGUAACUGCCUCAAUUGCCAAAAGUCCAGCGGCUCAGCAUUCUUGACCAAUAUACUGUACAAGCACGAGCAAUACAGAGUUGAUUCCGGCUCAGAGUUUGUCAGGAUAUACGAGGACCGUGAUACAGAUUCUGGAUCAACCCUAGAACGUGCGUUCUGUUCCAACUGCGGCUCCAACCUCAGCAUUCGCAAUGUGACAAACCCAAAGUCGAAGGACAACGUCGUGGUAUGCGCGGGUAGCGUUGACGAUAACUACAAGGACUUUGUGCCUCAAAGCCAGCUCUUCGCCCAUCGAAGACAUGCUUGGGUGCCUGAGAUACAGAAAAAGAAGAAGCCGGAAGCUUCAAAAAUCUAA